AUGUGGAAGACCCUAAAAAAGAAGUGGCAGGAGAAGGCCAAGGAUUUUUUAAAGGCUUGUGAGAUAGCAUAUGAGACUCGACUGUUGGAACUUGCUAUUUUAACCUUUCGAGCCGACUUGGCAAAUACGCAUACGCCGAGCACAGGAGCGACAGGAGAACCGACAGGAGAAAGUAUUAUUGAAGUUUUAAAACGAUUUGACUUGGUUAAAAGUGAUGGUAGUCCUAAUCCGAUGAUGAUUGUUGGUAAAUUGACCGAGAGUAUAACCAUGAAAGUCGGAGGCAAUGCGUUCGUUAAUAAGUUUAUCGAAGUUAUUGUCGACACAACCCUAAACGAUGAAAAAGGAACUCAAAACCGACAGACUGAAAGAAGCGUCAUAAGUGAUACCAAGACUAAAUCAGGAACGACAACUCAUAAAGAAGAAAAAACCAAGUCUAACGCUGUGUCCCCCGUUGGCAAAGGAAAGCCCUCUCUUGGCUCCUCCUUUUUGCGUCCCUCUUUAUAUUCUGUCGACCAUACCAAGGCCGAAUAUACUGGCUAUCAAAACCGCAAAGAAUUAAAAGGAAAACCCGCUUAUGAUUACUUUAAUGCUCUGACUUUUGGUGAUAUUUUAAAUAAGAUUGAAAGUGGCGUAUAUAUUUAUGAUACUGACCCCCAAGAGUUUUAUAAAAGGAAAAUUAAAAGCCCGUUGAAUAUUGCGAGUAGUGGAGGAACUACAAGAGGAGGAUUUAACAUUGUCACAUUAGGAACUAGAUUAAAAGGAGGAAUUGGCCGCGAUAACGCCGUAAAUGUGGAUGAUAUGAAAUUAAUGAUACCUAUGCUUGAAAGUUUGACGGAUAUUCUUAUGGAACCAAUUCAGCCCAAAUCCCCAAAGGCAUUAAAUAUAGUUGAAGUUUACAAGGCUACUCAACAGGAGCGAGCGACAAAUGCGACUUUACAGGAAUGGACGAAGAUGGAAAAAUAG